AUGGAAAAGGCCAACAUCUUUGGCAUCACCCCGCUUUGCGUCGCAGCUCAGGAAGGGCAAUGCCAAGUUGCACGUCUUCUGUUAGAGGUCAGAGCUGACAAGGAUAACAAGAUCGACAUCAACAAUCGUACCACCCCUUUGUUCAUCGCAGCUCAGAAUGGACAGUUGGAGGUUGCACGCCUGUUGCUGGAGGCCAGGGCUGACAAGGACAAGGCCAACAUCAACGGCACCACCCCUUUGUUUAUAGCUGCAAAAAAAGGGUGGUUGGAAGUUGUCCGCUUUUUGUUGGAGGCCAGGGCUGACAAGAACAAGGCCAAUGCUAACGACACCACCCCGUUAUCCAUUGCAGCCGAAAAUGGGCAGCUGCCAGUGGUGCGUCUCUUGCUGGAAUCCAAAGCUGACAAGAACAAAGCCAACAUCACUGGCGCAACCCCUGUGUCAAUCGCAGCUCAAGAAAGGCAGUUGCACGUCAUGCAGUUCUUUCUGGAGGAGAUGGGCAUGGAAAUUCCACAAGAUCGCUUGGAGCUUGUCCGCCUGUUGUGGGCAGUCCGGGAGCUUGCGGCGCGUGGAACGGGCCGAGCCUGA